UGCAGCAAACUUCAUUUUUAGAGAAAAAAGGUAGAUUUUUUUAUAAACUGAGAGCAGUCGUGUAUAUAAAACUAUAUAAACGUCACGAUUAUCCAAUGAAAAACGACGUAUCAACCGUGAAGUAUUAUAAUGUGUAAUAUAAUCUAACACUUCAUUAUAGAAAAACAAACUGACAUUUUGCACUGACAUCUUUCGACUGGUUCUUUUCAAUAGUGAACUAAACCAGAUUUACGACUGUUGAUACACAAAUUGUUAUUCUUACAUUAGACACUAACUUCUUAAAAUACUCUACAAAUCUUUCUAACAGUACAUUCUUGUCUUCAAAUGUCUUCAAAUAGUGAAUUAGACACAACUUUGAUCUUCUAAUUUCCAUGGAAUCAAUCUGUAUUGCUGAAUUAUUUAGAUAUUACAUGUACGUGCAUUUAUAGUGCGUAAACAUGUGUACGAGUAAUUCAUAAAUGCGGAUUUCGUUCCUUAAAAGGAAUCUAAUCAUUGCAUUGAUCUAUCUAUAUACGUAUCAUUUAGGUAAUCAGAAUGUUCAUACUUAUUGAGACACAUCCUUGCGCUUCCUUUUUCCAGGGAAGAUCUGCUGAUUUCUUGCGGGAUCCUGGUCUGUAUAUGUAUAAAUAUGCAAUGAAUUGCUUCCAAGUCUUAAAAUAAUAACUAAUUUAGUUGAGAAUCGCGUUUCAAAAAUAUAUAAGACGUUACAAUCAUUAAAUUAAGCUUUUGUCAUAUUCGCAAAGGAAAUACUGAAAAUGAAAAUUGCGUUAGCUAGCUUUUGUGUAGCUGUUCUUCAUUUGACACAAGCGAUGUGGUUUAAUACGGCGUCAAAAAAUAACUUUCUAGAUGAAAUGGCUCAUGUGCAGAAUAUGUCACAGUGGUGUAAACAUCUAAACAUAGAGGAUUGUGAAAAAGUGAUCAAUUCUGUACCUACAUCAUUGAUAGAUGAAAAUGGGAAAGUACUAGAAAGGUUUGAAAACGAUUUCACAGGAAAUGUACCGGAAGCAAACUUCGAUACAUGUUCAUCAAGUUUACAAACGGUAAUGAUGCCAAAAAGGCCGGGAUAUUCCGUAUGGCCACCAUGUACACGUGCAUUCAGAUGUUCCGGUUGCUGUACGAAUGCUAUUAAUUCUUGUCAACCCCUUACCACCUCGGAGAAGCAAGUAAAGGUAAUUUACACCAAGCUACGAAAUCCGGUACAUAGACAUACCAUUGGAGAUAUUGACAUUAGUCUUGUGUCGAUAACCGAGCACAACGACUGUAUGCCAAAAUGUAAAACAAAAGAAGAAGAUUGUCAUAUAUUUCAGAAGUAUGUACCAAGUAUAUGUAGCUGCGUCUGUCGGCCUGAGAGAGAAAGUCUUCAAAAAACCUGCAAAGGGAAACAAAUCUGGGACGAGGAGGCAUGUAAUUGUGUAUGUGUAAAUAUGAACACGACUAAAUGUUCGUCAUCUUCUUAUUUCAGCACAGAGACGUGCCGUUGUCAACUUAAGUCCAGUGCCAGCGGUGAAACUUAUAUAAGCCAACUCUUCAAACGCAUGAAAACUGACUUACUUCGACAAGAAAAUCUGAAGGAAAAUCAACACGUCAGUAAAGAGAUUGAAGUGAAAAUGGUUGCUGGGAGGGUAACAGUGUUUGGAGAAGAAACGCUUGAAGAAAAUGCCAAUGUCAAAGAGAGUGGUGAGAAAACUAUAUUUUUAUGUGACGGCUGCUACUUAUAG